AUGCGACUCAUUGACACCACCACGCUUGAAGUCAAGGAAUUCAUCGGGGAACCUUCUGAUCCCGACUUCCCCAGAUAUGCCAUUCUGUCUCACACCUGGGGUCAGGAAGAAGUCAGCUUCCACGACAUCCAGAAUCUCGAGCUGGCCCGCCAGAAGCAGGGGUUUGCGAAAAUUGCGAAAUGCUGCGAGAAGGCUUUAGAAGAAGGCCUGCGCUGGGCCUGGGUCGAUACCUGUUGCAUUGAUAAAACGAGCAGUGCAGAAUUGUCUGAAGCCAUCAACUCCAUGUUCAAAUGGUACGAGGCUGCGACCAUCUGCUAUGCGUUUCUCAGCGACUUCGAUCCGGGACCUUGGGUUGAGUGGACGACAUCCAACUGGUUCCGUCGAGGUUGGACGCUGCAAGAGCUCAUCGCACCCUAUGAGGUCGUAUUUUAUUUCAGAACAUGGAAGGAAAUAGGCAGCAAGCGGCAUUUCUCUGAACAGCUGGCCAGGACCACUCGGAUUUCGCAGGGUAUCCUUCUACACCAAGAGGCAAUGCAGGAGAUACCAGUAGCCACUCGGAUGCUAUGGGCGAAAGGCAGGAAUACGACUAGAAGAGAAGACAAGGCUUACUGCUUGUUCGGUAUCUUAGACGUUAACAUGCCGCUGCUAUACGGGGAAGGUGGCAAGGCGUUUUCAAGGCUCCACGAGAUGAUUCUAAAGAGUACCGAUGACGACACACUCUUUCUCGGCAGCCUCACCGGCGAUGAUCAAAGUUCACUAGACAGCCGGCAUCUGUUUGACGUUCCAAGCAUUAUGAUCACGCCCGAAGACGUCGGUACAGACGUCGUCUAUGCCUCUUAUAGUGCUGAGAGAUCUCCCAAAAAUCCAGAGAUACGAACGGGGACCCUUUCAACUCCGCUGUCUGGGGCUGGGGAGCCACCUGAAAUUGCAUAUAAGGAGUUUCGCCACGGCCCAGUGGUUGAGGUUAGUCUGCGGGUGCCGGUGACAGGCGGCUUCGCUGACAUGGUCGUCUCCAUUCACCGCGGCUCUGAUGACGCCGGCGUGGUGACCUUCAGCCCGAUGGUGAGGUUUCGGGCUUUCAGCUCGAGCGGAUCGGCGCGAGACGGUGGGUCUACAACAGAUGUCUCACCGCCGACUAUUGAUGAAGACCAUAAGCGCGAGGGUGUAAGCUGA